AUGUCAACGAUUAAUCUCACAAGUGAUGAAAUUAAUUUUUUAAUUUAUAAAUAUUUAUUGGAAAGUGGGUUUCAGCAUUCAGCAUUUAGUUUUUAUAAUGAAUCCUUGGUUUCAAAAUCAGAUAUAAAUGGUGCAAAUGUUUUACAUGGUACGUUAGUAUCUGUGCUUCAAAAAGGCCUACAGUAUAUGGAAGUGGAGGCACAUUUACAAGAAGAUGGUACGGAAAUCAAUUGUACAGAGCCAUUCUCAUUAAUAUCAACACAUGUAUGUCAAAUAAAGAAAAAGAAUGAAAAAAAUACAACUAUAAAAGAAAAGGAUGAGGUUAUGACUCCGCUUACUCCUUCCGCAAAAAAAACAAAUUUAAAUGAUAUAAAUACACCUUCAAAAGAGUCUUCUGUAAAAAAAGAAAAAAGAGAAAAAGAAAAGGAAAGAGAAAGAGAAAAAGAAAGAGAAAAGGAAAAAGAGAGAGAAAAAGAAAGAGAAAAGGAUAGAAAUGAAAGGGAUGCUAAAAUGAGAGAUGAUGAUAUAGAAAUGACAGAGUCACAAGUUAUGACAUUACAGGGUCAUAGUAAUGAGGUAUUUAUUUGUUCGUGGAAUCCAACAUCAUCAUUAUUGGCCUCUGGUAGCGGUGAUAGCACUGCUAGAAUUUGGAAGAUACCACCAGGUUCAAGUGAAACCACUAAAGAUCAAAUUACUUCAAUUGUAUUAAAUCAUCAUAAUACCUCUUAUCACGAAAAAAAUAUUGAUGUCACAACUCUUGAAUGGAGCUGUGAUGGUCAAUAUUUAGCAACAGGAUCAUAUGAUGGAUUGGGUAGAAUUUGGAAUAAACAGGGUAAUUUACUUUAUAUAUUAGAACACCAUCAAGCUCCAAUAUUUUCAUUAAAAUGGAAUAAAAAAGGAAAUUAUUUAUUAAGUGGAAGUGUUGAUAAGACAUCAAUUGUGUGGGAUACUAAAACAGGCGCAGCCAAGCAACAAUUUGAAUUUCAUACAGCACCAACAUUAGAUAUUGAUUGGAGGAACAAUAAUCAAUUUGCAACAUGUAGCACUGAUAGAAUGAUUUAUGUAUGUGAAGUUGGUAAGGAUAGACCAAUAAUGAAUUUCCAGGGUCAUCACGAUGAAAUCAAUGCAAUUAAAUGGGAUCCAACUGGUCAAUUAUUAGCAAGUUGUUCUGAUGAUUUUACCGCUAAAAUUUGGUCAAUGAAAACUGGUGGCUGCCUUUUCGAUUUCAAAGACCACACUAAAGAGAUUUAUACAAUUAAAUGGUCACCUACUGGUCCGGAAACAUUAAACCCAAAUAAAAAUCUAGUAUUGGCAAGUGCCUCUUUCGAUAGUACAAUUAAGUUAUGGGAUGUUAAUAUUGGUAGAUGUAUAUAUAGCCUUAAUAAACAUAACGAUCCAGUGUACACCGUGGCUUUUUCCCCAAAUGGGGAUUAUUUAGCAAGUGGUUCAUUCGACAAAUAUUUACAUAUUUGGUCAGUUAAAGAUGGUUCAUUGGUCAAAAGCUAUAAAGGUAGUGGUGGUAUAUUCGAAGUUUGUUGGAAUAGCACUGGUGAUAAAAUAUCCGCUUGUUUUUCGAACAGUUCAGUCUGUGUUUUGGAUUUUAGAGUUUAG